ACUUCGUAUCUUAUGUUUACAAUAACAACAGUAGUUUAAAACUAUAGACGAAUUAACUAAUAUUUAGUUUAUAGUAUUGUAGUAAUCAUUAUAAUAAAUAUAAUUAUAAUAUAAUUAGUGAAAAUAUAAUAUUAAGUGAAAAAUUAAGGAAAGAGUGUUGAAUAUAUAGUAGUGUUGAUUAUAAUGUCAACCAAUGUUGAUGUGUUUAAACACUUUGGUGUUAUAUUUUUGGUAAUUUUGGUUAUUUGUUCCAUAAGUUUGGUUCAAUCAUUACUACAAGUAAUUGGAUUUUAUAGUGUCGUUGUAUGGCUUUCCUGGCAAUUGACAAAACUCUAUCAAAACUAUAAUUAUGAACAAAUAGAUUCCGAAAGGAAAGCUGUUUUUAUCACAGGAUGUGACUCAGGCUUUGGUAAUCUGUUGGCCAAAGAGUUAGACUCAAAGGGCUUUACAGUGUUUGCUUCGUGUCUUAAUCCGGAUUCAAAAGCAGUCCAAUCGUUGUCCAACUUGUGCUCCGAUCGGUUAAAAAUAUUGAAAAUGGAUGUCACUAAAGAUGAUGAUAUCAAAGAAGCCGUCAAUUUUGUUAAUAAUAAUCUUCAAAAUAAUGAUCUUUGGGCAAUUGUUAAUAACGCGGGAAUAAUGCAUUUCUUACCCGUCGAGUGGGGUCAGGAAGGAGUCGACAUUUUUGUCAAACAAAUGGACGUCAAUGCCAUGGGUCAGGUCAGAGUCGCAAAGGCUUUCCUACCGAUGUUGCGCAAGACUAGCAAUAGUCGUAUCAUUAAUGUUGAAAGUUUGGCCGGUCGACUGGCAAUGCCGGGCAUCAGUUCCUAUGCGAUGUCAAAGUUUGCGGUCCGGGCUUUCAGUGAUUGCCUAAGAAAUGAAAUCAAACAAUUUGAUAUCAAUGUUGUAGUUAUCGAACCAUCAGUUUAUAGUACAAAUAUGACGGAUUACAACCUAUGGAUCAAUGAUUUCCAGACUAAAUGGAAGGAAUCGCCGGCAGAUGUGCGCAAAGAUUAUGGACCAGAAAAGUGUGAUGUUUUGCAUGAAAGGAUCAAUGCUGUCAUCGCAUCGGCUAAAGACAAUCCCCAACCAGUCAUCGAUGCGCUAAUCAAUUCAAUAACUAAUGUCACACCAAAACCCUAUUACUAUAUCUACGGAUUAAUGGAGAGAAUCAUAGCCACGGGUCUCGAAGCACUUCCCGCAGAGUUUUAUGAUUUAGCUAUCAAUGAAAACAUUUACUUUCCACUAAUCAAACUAAUUACUAAUAAAAAUAGAGUUUAAGUUUUUUUUAAUUCAUUCAAAACAAAUAUUUUGUUAAUUUUUUAAUUUAAUUUAUUUCUUAUCAUUUCUUAUUAUAAAUUAAUUAAUGGUAAAUUACAACAUAUAAAAAUUGCUGCAACUGCUAAAAAAAUUGAAAAUAUAAUUAUAUUUUUAAAACUAAAGUUUCAAUAUUUAA